ACAGUGGGACGGACAUGAGGGGGCCUGGUCUGUACAUGACUGUGAACUCCAGUUUCGCCGGAGUGCUUUCUAUAGAGAUACACUGUCAUACGUCUCCAUUACUCAGUGCAUCACCGCUGUCAUACAGACACCAGAGCUCGGCUACAACUACAGGACCCCCGGGCCACAGAAUAGGAGCCCACUUAUUCAUCUGAAGAGGACAAAACCACAGAAGGCUCACAGAGACCCAACAAGAGACAGUCAAAAAAGUCAACAGUCAGACAGAUAAAGAAGAAGUGUUGGUGUGGAGCAAUGGGGGACUGGAGUCUCCUGGGUAACCUUCUGGAAGAGUUGCAGGAGCACUCUACAUCAGUAGGGAAGGUGUGGUUGACUGUGCUGUUCAUUUUUCGCAUUCUGGUCUUGGGCACGGCCGCGGAGUCAUCAUGGGGUGACGAGCAGUCUGACUUCAUGUGUGACACGAAACAACCUGGUUGCACAAAUGUCUGUUAUGACCGAGCUUUCCCCAUUGCUCAUAUCCGCUACUGGGUGCUGCAGAUCGUCUUUGUAUCAACACCAUCUCUCAUCUACAUGGGCCAUGCCAUGCACACAGUUCACAUGGAAGAGAAACGAAGGCAGAAGGAGCAGGAGGAGAAAGCUAUAGGAGGGAAUGAGGGAGGAAGAGGAGAGAAAGAGUAUUUGGAACAGAAAGCCACAGAGGUACCGACAAAGAUCCACCUAAGAGGGGCGCUGCUGCAGACGUACGUCCUAAGCAUUUUGAUGCGCUCGGUCAUGGAAGUGACCUUCACUGUCAUCCAGUACAUGAUGUAUGGAAUCUUUCUGAAAGCUCUGUACCAUUGCAACACUUGGCCAUGUCCCAACCCAGUGAACUGUUACAUGUCACGGCCAACGGAGAAAAAUGUCUUUAUUGUGUUCAUGCUAGUGGUGGCAGCUGUGUCACUGUUCCUCAGUGUGGUGGAGCUGUACCACCUCGGUUGGAAACAGUGUAGGCAGUGCCUUAGAAAGUACACCGAAAACCAUGCCACUGAUGGUAAAAGCAAAAACGGCAAAGUUGUUUCCACUGUCAAACCUGGCAUGGCAACUAUACCAAUGGAACGGCCUGACUCCACUCAACCACACCCUUCCCAAACCUGUACCCCACCCCCAGAUUUCAACCAGUGUUUAGUGUCCAGUCAAGGACCCACAUCACCUCCACAUCUUCAUCACCACCAUCUUCAUAACAUACACCAAACCUUUCAGCCCUUCACCAACCAUCUGGCUCACCAGCAGAACUCUGUCAAUAUGGCCACCGAGCGGCAUCAUCAUAGUCAUGAUGACCUGGAGCCUGACGAGGACUUCUUGCGAAUGAGCUUUGGAACCCCAGCAGCUCAGGUGCCUUGCGGGCAUGUCCCGAGUGAUGUGACACCAAGUGCCCCCUCCACACCAUCCUCCCAUCCAGGCUUCUUUGGAGACAAGCGGCGACUUAGCAAGACCAGUGGUGCUAGCAGUAACCGGGUCAGACCGGGUGAUCUGGCUGUGUAGGGUGCAUUAAAAACCCCAUGAGCGCAGUUUUGUUUCCUGUGAUGAUGGAUUUCCUAUUGUAACAGGAAGUUUGGGCGCCACAUCGAAGAGCUUGUCCCUUUCUUUUUACUGUAAAUAGCCAAUAGGCUUUAGUUUAUAUCACAGCAAUGAACCUUGAUUUUCUACUAACUAGUCUGUUGUAGGUAAAAUUCUCAUUCUAGAGAACAUAUGAUUGGACAUAAACCAGUGUAGUGCAAGAUGAGACAUCAAUAUUUUGGUCCAUUUUCCCAGAUGAGAAAGACUAGAUUUUAGAUGUGUACAUACCUGCUAAAAAUUAAUUUGGUCAACAAUCAUUGACAAAAUCCAAAAAAUAUUUUUUAAGGGUCUUUAAAAGUCUUUCCCAGAGGAAGAGAAGCAGUGAGAUGUUAAGUUUGGACUCAUAUAAUGUACCAAUACUAAGAGGAGAGAUAUGCAGCUGAAAGGCGUGCAUGUUUAUAUAUAUUUAAUUGGCCAGCCUUUUCUGGAGUGCAAGGGGUAAGAAGGUAUUAAAUAACACCAUCAAACAGAGUAUAAUGAGAUAAAGAGAGUGAGCAAGGCAGAGGAUCUGUAUCAGAGCAUUUUAUCUGGUUUCACUGAAACUGUAGUUGUCGAUGUGUAUGUGGAUUUUUACUGGUGGGAUCUAUUGAUCUUGAAUAAAAGGCUUUCGAUGUAACAGGUUGGAUGGAAGGAUGGAAGAUGACAAGUCUACUGAUAUAACCUUGGUAACAUUCAUAAGUGAUUUUGCAAACUUAUAAUGUUUGCAUCAUGAUCCAGUAGAUUCUGAUAUGCUAUUUUAAAAACACACCAUAUUGUUGUUAAAAUCUUGAUUUCAGCUUUUGUAGUCUGGGCUCAGUCCUAAUGCCAUGCCUUGUGCGUGGGAUGCUUCAAUUAAGGUUCAUAAACUGUAGUGUGAUUGGGAAUAAAAUGACCACAGAAGAGAGACACUGACCUAAUGCAAGUAUGCUAUUUAUUAACUGAAACUCACAAGUUAAUUUGUGCAGUUUAUUGUGAAAGACAAAUGCCACUGAAUUCUGUGUGGUUGAUUAGUCCUAUUAUAUGUAUUUCUGUGUGAUCUGGUAAGCAGGAAAGCACCACUAAACAUGUUAAUUAUUGAGCUACAUGAGAGCUGUUGGUUACAAACGUAGAUGGGAUAUGACACCAGAGGCACCAAAUUAUAUAUUUUUUUAUAUAUAGACAUCGAUAAAGUGCCUUUAGAAACUCUUGUGCUACAACACAUUGUUCUUUCUAGAUGUGAAAAAUAAAAUAUUUGACCCUAUCUGAAUUACCUUGUUAACAGAAGAGGGCUAGAACAAACAUGAUUAACUUAAAAUAAAAGCUUAAUAUUUUGAAUAUAGCACAAAUGCAUUACUAUCCACAAGACAAUCAUAACUUCAUUCUUCCUAUUAAUGGAAAGCGGGGUUUGUUUUCAUCUAAGCACUUUCAUGGAUAUGCCUGCUAAAAAAUAAGUGUGAGUGUGUUAAUAUGGAGUUUUUCGAUAAUGACAUGAGGUCUCAGAAAUGUCAAUCUAAAUAUCUGUUAAGAGUGUUCAUCAGCACUGUUUGAUGAUUCAGGUAAAUGACUGGCCUUGCGGAACAUUCCUUAUAAUGUUUGGCUGUAUUUCAAUCUGCUGAUUGCUACUGGGGAGUUUUACAGUAUUAGAAACUAUUAACAGAUAUGACUGAAGAGUUGAUCUGAACUUUCUCUGAUUUUUUAUCCAAGCAACACAUGACAUCUGAGCAUUAUUUCACUUCAUUUCUCACAUACGAUUGCAGUCACAGUGUCUCAUUUCCUUUGAUCUGUUGGCAGUAUGAAAUAAAAAUUCCCCCACCAAUAAGAAAA